AUGGCUGGGCGCUGGGUCGAGCUGCUGCUGCUGGUGGUUCUGACUGUGACCCUACUGCUGGUGUCGGUCCAGGCAUGGGAGCCGAUCAACGAAACUCAGCUUCACAGUUUGUUCCAGAGCGGACGGUUAAGCGAAGCAGUGAGCGUUACAGAGCCAGAUGACGAUGACUAUGACAAUUAUGAAGAUGAAGAUGAAGUUCCGGAGAAAACUGCCCUGGAAACUGAAGGGGACUCCUUUGACCUGUUUCCUGACUAUGGAUUGGAAGUGGACGCAGUGGAUCCUGGUCCAAGAAUCUGGGCCGAAAGUGAUUACGGGGUGGAGUUUGUAGAGUCCCCUCUAAGGAGCUGGAGUGGCAGCAUCAGUCCAAGUUCUACUGAAGUAGAUGUUGUUUGCAGUGAUGCUGGCUUCCACAUCACUCUGCGAACAGGCAAGCUGAGCGAGGUUCAAGUGUUGGGCUCGAAGGAUCUGCUGUCUGUCACGGAGGCUGACAAGUCUUGUGGUUUUGACGUGAACCCUUUCAAUAACGCCUUCACUGUACCCUUCAGUGGGUGCAAUGUGAAACAACUUGACAAUGGCUACAGUCUGCAGUUGUUGCACGUCGACGCGCUCGAUCGGCUGCAAGUUUCUACUGUAUCUUGUAGGGUAAGUACACUGGCUGAACCUGUCCUGUACCCUCGUGGUGGCAAACCCACGUGCAGCGCCCCGACCUCUACGCCACCGAAACCAGCAACGCCCCAAAAGGCGCAAAAUUGUGAUGUUGCGAUGGGAGAGCGUCUGACAUGCGGUUUUGACGGAAUAUCUUCCCAAGAGUGUGAGAAGAUUGGAUGUUGUUCUUGUUCCAAGACAUCUGCCUGCUACUACCCACUGGAUGAGUGCACUGCGGAUCAACACUUUGUUUUUGCCAUUCGCCAUGACUCUGCGUCCAUCCCCGUGGAUCCCACCAAACUGGUUAUUCCUGGGAAUCCUGGCUGUAAGCCAGUUAUUCUCAACAACAAGGUGGCCAUCUUCAAGUUCAAAGUUACAGAAUGUGGAGCUCGUGUUUAUCAAGUUGGUGAGACGAAGAUCUACCUGGCUGAAGUGCAGAGUAUUGUCCGAGCGCUGAACCUCAAGUAUGGCGUAAUUACAAGAAGUAAUCCCCUCAGGUUCUUGAUUGAGUGUCGCUACAGCAGACUGGGCAUCGCUCAGCAGUCACUGGCCACCGUUGGCUACAUGGUCAAAACUCCAGCUUCCAAUCUGCCGUCAUCGAUCGUCUCCAAAGGCUUAUAUGGUGUUGAGUUGAAAAUUGCUACAGAUCAAACGUAUAAAAGUUUCUAUCCCACCUACCAUCAGCCCUUGCGAGUGCUCCUCGGCAAACCUGUUUAUCUCGAACUGCGACUGAAGUCUCCCAAACCAGACGCAGUAAUUCUUGUCAACUACUGCCUUGCUUAUCCUCGCUCUGCAAAGAACGCUCUGGUGCUUAUUUACGAAGGGUGUGCAAACCCUCAUGAUCCACACGUGUCCAUCCUUCAAGUCAGCGACCUUCCCAAGAAUCGCCAUCAAAGACGCUUCGUCGUGACUGCCUUCCAGUUUAUGGAGAAAAAGACAAAUAAGUAUCUAGACGAAGAGAUCUGUUUCAUGUGCUCUGCAGAAGUUUGUAGGCCAACAGAAAAGACCUGUGAAGAGCGAUGCUUUGAUGGAAAAACAUCGUGA